AUGUUUAAUGAUCCAAAGAAAGCAUUAUUUGUUUCAAUGUUAUUUUUCAUGUUUUUAGAAAUACUUUGGGUUAUUUUUAGAUUAGUUUUACCAAUUUUAUCAGAAAAUACUUUUAAUUAUUUACGUUAUUUUGUUUAUUUAUUUAGUCCUAUUACAUUUUCAGAUUUAAUUUAUGAAUUAGUUUCUAAACAUGAAUUUAAUCAAUUAAUUCAAACUAAUUUUGGAUUAUUAAUUGGAUAUUUAUUUUUAGAUUUAUUUUUAUAUAUUUUAAUUGCAAUUUUAUUUGAUAAAUUAACAUUUGGACAAAAUCAAUCAAUUUUUGAAUUUUUUAAAAAUAUAACACAACAAGAACAACAUGUAAAUAAUUCUGAAUUAAAUAUUAAAAUUGAAAAAAUUACAAAAACAUUUAAAAAAGAUACUUCCAAAACAAAUUCAAUUCUAAAUUUAUUUAAACCUAAAACUGAAAUAUUAACAGUUUUAAAUGAACUUGAUUUGGAAAUUAAAAAAGGUGAAAUUACUUGUUUAUUAGGUAAAAAUGGAUGUGGUAAAUCAACUCUAUUUUCUUUAAUUGUUGGUUUAUUAAAACCUAAUGAUGGUAAUAUUUAUAUUAAUAAUUUAAAUGUUAACACUAAUAUUGAUGAUAUUAGAUCUAAAUUAGGCAUUUGUCCUCAAGAUGAUUUAAUUUUCCAAAAUUUAUCAGUUUUAGAUCAUUUAAGAAUAUUUGCAAUUAUUAAAACAAGUUUAAAUGGAAAUGGUGUUAUUAGAAAUUUUAAAGAUAUGGAUAAAAUAAUUGAUUCAAUUCUAAAUGAAUUAGAAUUUAUGGAUUUUAAAUAUAAAAUUGCAUCAGAUUUGAGUGGUGGUCAAAAGAGAAAACUUGCAUUUGCCAUUUCAAUUAUUGGUAAUCCAGAAAUUUUACUCAUAGAUGAAGUUUCCUCUGGAAUGGACAUUCAAAAUAGACAAUUAAUUUGGACUAUUUUACAAAAGUUUAGAAAGAAUGGUAAAAUUAUCUUUUUAACAACACACCAAAUGGAAGAAGCUGAUGCUAUUUCAGAUAUUAUUCAUAUUUUAAAGAAUGGAAAAUUAGAAGUUUCUGGAAGUCCUUUGUAUUUGAAAAAUCAUUUUGGCAUUGGUUAUAGUCUUGAUAUGAUUUGUAGAGAUGGAGGUGAAUCUAUUAGAAAGGUUGAACAAUUUAUUUCUAAUUUCAUUUCAGAUCCAACCAAGUUUGAAUUUGAAUCAAGUGGAAAUGAAUGUAAAUGUACCCUAUCAAACGAUUUACUGCCACAAUUCCCAACACUUUUUAAACAAUUAACAGAAAAGAAGGAUGAAAUUGGUUUGCAAUCAUUCAUAGUAACUCAAUCCACAUUAGAACAAGUAUUCUUGAAAUUAAAUCCAGACUUGGAGGCAGAACAAUAA